AUGUCCCUAUUAACAAAUAGAAAGAGACCUAGGGGGUACAGCGAGAAUUUCGUCAACUCCGACUCCUCGUCAAUCAAUCACCACGCUUAUCAACAGUCAUUGCAACAAGUACAACCACAACCACCACAAGCACAACAACUGCAACUACAGCAAUCACCGCAACUACAACAACAACAACAACAACAACAACUGCAACAACAACUACAACUGCUGCUGCUGCUGCAACAGCAAGACCUCUUUCUUCACCACCAUCCUCAUCAAUUGCAACUGCUGCUGCUGCUGCUGCUGCUACGCCAGUUCACUUCACAAUCAACGAACGCCUCCAUGUACCAAGGAUCGUAUCAUCAAAAGAGCCUGUUUUUCCAUCCAUUCCAAGACAGUAGCAAUAGUAAUUCGUCAUCAACAAUCAUUGAAGACAGUCACAAUUCCCUCUAUCUAGGCUCGGUCCAUAACAUUGGCAGUACCCAAAUACAACCAAAAAAGUCCAAAUUUACCAAUCCCUUUCUUUCGGUGGAAGAAAAUGACGUAAUUUUGGAUGAUGACGAUGAUGAAGCCGAUACGUUUGUUUUGGAGGAUGAAGAAAGGGACAAUUACGACGAGGACGACGACGUGAUAAUCUUUGAAGAAAAGGAUAUUAUACCCAGAAGCAAACGAAACAACAGCGAUUCAAUCUUGGUCAAUAGAGACGCAGCUGCAGCAUAUAAACUAUUCAAUGUUAACAAGAUUGAAAUUGAUGAAAACAAAAGCAGCGGUUUUGCUAAGAAGCAAAGGACAAGCUCUUUACCUCAGUUACCCCAGGUGAAAUGCUUCUACAAUAAACUACCAAACAACUACAUUUUACAAACCCCAAAAUUGGGAAAUAUUAAAACCGACAUCAUACCGCACCAAAACAACUUGCCACCCUGUGAUGACGAAAAUGGACACUACAUUAUAAAGCCAAACGAACCAUUUGCUAAUAGAUUCAUUAUUAUUAAACUUCUUGGUCAAGGAACAUUUGGCAAGGUGGUUAAAUGUUAUGACAAAGUAAAUCGUGAACAUGUUGCCAUUAAAAUUAUACGAAACAUUCAAAAAUACCGUGAUGCCGCGAAAAUAGAGUUGAGGAUACUAUCCACUUUGAAGAAAUUUGAUAACGCCAACAAAAAUCAUUGUAUCCAUUUGCGGGAAUGCUUUGAUUACCGUGGUCAUAUUUGCAUUGUCACAGAUUUGUUGAAAAUUUCACUAUACGAUUUCCUAGAAAAUAACAAGUUUAUUCCCUUCCCAGGAAGUCACAUCCAAGCUAUAUCAAAGCAAUUAAUCAGAUCGGUGACUUUUCUACAUGACUUGAACUUGAUUCAUACCGAUUUGAAACCAGAGAACAUAUUAUUACACGAUGACUCCUACGCCAAAAAGACACUUUACAGCUCAACAAUAAGUACCGCUUAUACCAAGAUUAAUAAUUCAUCAGGAAGCUCUAUGAAAAAAGUACCCAAAACGUCAAAGGUAUUGAAAAACCCAUUGAUUCAAGUUAUUGAUUUUGGUAGUGCUAUAUUUAAUGACGAGUACCACUCUCUGAUUGUAUCAACGCGCCAUUACCGUGCCCCUGAAAUAGUCUUGGGUACAGGGUGGUCUUAUCCUUGCGACAUGUGGUCUAUUGGGUGUAUAUUGGUUGAACUAAUUAUUGGAGAACCACUUUUCAAAACACACGACAAUCUUGAACAUUUAGCAAUGAUUGAGAAGAUUUGCGGAUAUAGGAUAGAUAAAAGUAUGGUUAAACUAUCCAAACUCAAAGAAAAUGAAUGCGGCUUAGAGUAUUUCACUAAUGAGUACAUCUAUGACACAUGCAAAUAUAAACGUCGUGGUGGUGGAUAUGAGAAAACGUCUAUAACCACCUCCUGCACAUCAUCAUCGGAUAAUGACGGUGAACAAGAGCAGGAGGAGGGGGGUGAGGAAGAGGAAAACGAGGAAGGUGAAGAAGAUGAGGACGAAAACGAUUCAUUUGAUGAUGAUGUGAUAUUUGACGAUGAAAGGACAUUGGCAAACUCAUUAAUCUUGAGGUUUCCUACGAUAUCAACGCCACAAAAAUUUGUCAAUUCUGUAAAUGAAUUAAAAAGAAUUGACUUGUUCAUAAGUUAUAGAAUUGGUCUCCAUAUUGAUUUUGAUUUUUCUUUAAAUCAAAAUUUUGAGAAAAACAAGCAUUUAAUCAACUUUGGCAACUUUACCUUUUGGUGGUUCUUUAUUGACUUGUUGAAACAAUUGUUUAUUAUAAAUCCUGAGAACAGGAUCACUGCGUUGGAAGCAUUAAAUCAUCCAUGGUUUAAUCUAGGUAUACAAGAUGAAGGGACAACAUAA